CCGAGGAACUGUCACAGCGCUGUACCGCGGUUCCUGCCGGGAGUUGUAGUACUAAUGGCUGUAUGUGGAUCAGUGCUGUGACUCCGGGACUACAAAUCCCAGCAUGCUGCCCGGUGCCCUGUACUACGAAGCCUGCACUCAGCUGUGAGCGCUGUGAUGUCCCUGUGACCACGUGCGGAGUGUUAUAUGGACUUCCAGGAAAGAUGGCGGAGACCGUUCUGCAGGGGCGUGAUGAUGGCGAGUUCGACCUUGAUCUGUUCUUCUUCGGAACCGAAACUCCAGAGGGGCAGUCUGAGAUUGCGCCAAUGCUACAGCGGGGAGUGGAACCUUGUGCCGUCAGUGUUCAGGCAAGCGUACCAGCCGAUAGCGACUGCACGAGCUCCUGCCAGAAUGGCCUGGGAUCAUCUCCGUUAAUAUCUCAUUCUCUUCCGCUAAUGAAUUCCGACCUGUCCUCAUGCUUUCCUCGAGACUCUGCUUGGGGUCUCCCAUCAGCUCCUUCAGCCAACUCGCUGGAUAAAGUCAACCAGGGUGAUCGGAGCCCCAGUGACAUCACCAGUAUAAUCGCACAUCUCCGGAAUCUUGCAACUGAGACCUCAAAUAAUUGUUCCAGAGCUGACGCAGAUAAACCUGGACCUAAAUCCAGUAGAGACACCACCGGGAACUCUGACAGCCUGAGCGUUGCAUUGACCACAUGUACUGCCACUGACCCUGGUGUAAAAGACUGCAUGGAUAGCCAGUUGGAUUUCCAGGCAAGUUUGGUUGGCGAAGUAGUAGCCAACCAAUAUCCAUUUGUCAAUGUGGAAUCAAACUUUAAGAGAAAAUCAAACGCAAAGAUCUAUAUCUGCUUAGAAUGUGGGAAAACGUGCCCGUGUCAGUCAGCUUACAUCCGGCACCAGAGGAUCCACACUGGAGAGAAGCCCUAUGCAUGCUCGGAGUGCGGGAAGAGUUUUAUUCAGAUCUCCGAUUACAACAACCAUGUCAGAUCCCACACAGGUGAGAAGCCGUACACCUGUGCCGAGUGCGGGAAGAGCUUCAGCCGCAGCACUUACCUGGUGACUCACUCUAGAACCCACACCAAGGAGAAACCAUACACCUGCAACGUGUGUGGGAAAAGCUUUGUGCAGCACUCCCACCUCUCCUUACAUCUGCGCAUCCACAGCGGGGAGAAGCCAUAUAUAUGCAUUGAGUGUGGCAACAGCUUCAGUCGCAGCUCCACCCUGGUGAAACACAAGAAGUCGCAUCGCAGGAAGACGCUUCACAUGUGCAAGAAGAAGAAUGGGGAAGAUAUCACGUGGAACUUCACACAGAACAAUCCACCCACCUGGGGAACGGAGCAGGAGGGACUGGAGGACUCUCCUUCCACAGCUGAACCCCUACUUGUGAAAUCAGAGACAGACGAGACAGCCAAAUGCUACCCGCAGGUGGGUAGUUGCAGGAAACGCUACAGAGCGGGGAAGAAAAUGACCCACAAACCAAUACGAAUCUUGCUUGAAAAAUAUUUAGUUUAUGAAGGAGUAGCUGGAAGCAAUACUGAAUUUUCACCUAAGAAGAAGUUAUUAUGGAAGAAAAAGUCCCAGCCUCCCUGUAACGAGAGUGAAGAAGGCACGUGCUACACUGACCCGGAGCCCACCAUCUGCUCUUCCGAGAACAUGAAGAAUGAAAUGAAAGAAGUGGACACUCAGAAGAAUGAGGUUGUGUGUUCUCCUCCUAAGGAGGAAAGUGGAGUGAAUGAGAGCCUUCCCCCUGAGGGGCGAUGCUGGCCGCCAGAUACAGACUGCACUUCAGCAAAUGAUGGCAUCACCAAAUGUGAGGUGAUGGAUCCAUCGUGCUCUUACCCUAACACUGACGUGCACAGUAGCGCGCCUGACAAUACAUCUACCGUCUGCCCUCCCCAGAGGCCGCAUAAAGGAUCCCCUUUCAUCUGCGCUUACUGCGGCAAGAGCUGCCCAUGCAAAUCCGCUUUUAUCCGCCACCAGAGAAUUCACACAGGAGAGAAGCCCUAUACCUGCACGGAGUGCGGGAAGAGUUUUAUUCAGGCAUCAGAUUAUAAUAACCAUGUCAGGUCCCACACAGGUGAGAAGCCGUACACCUGUGCCGAGUGCGGGAAGAGCUUCAGCCGCAGCACUUACCUGGUGACUCACUCUAGAACCCACACCAAGGAGAAACCGUACACCUGCAGAGAGUGCGGCAAAAGCUUUAUCCAGCACUCUCAUCUCGCCAUACACCUGCGCAUUCACAGCGGCGAGAAGCCAUACUCUUGCUUGGAGUGUGGAAAACGAUUCAGCAGAAGUUCAACGCUCGUUAAGCACCAGAAAUCGCACAAGAAGAAGAACACAGCAGGUGAACAACCUAAACUCGGAGAGACAAAAUCACUGGUGUCUUCAGAGCCCAGCUCAGGGGGCUCGUCCUAGUCUGUGACCAGAACUAUAGUGAGGAACAUUUCAGGCACAACACAGAGAUGCUGCUUGUCCACUCGUGGUCAUUCUCUUCCAGCUAAUUUAUUCUGGCUCUUUCCUAUAUUUAUCUGCCACUGAUAAGUCAUGCCAUGUGCUGGACUUAGAAACGUGGUUCUCAUACUGAAUAUUAUAAAGUGAUGGUGAAAUGCGUGACUUACUGACGUGGCUGGUUCUCCAUGCUGGUGACGUCUGUAUAUUGUCUCCAUUCAGUUACAUGCAAUGUAUGCCCGUUAUCAUGUGUCUUCCUGCGUGAUCUUACUGUUCCACCCUGCACAUAAAGACCCUGCCGGUACACGCUAGCAUCCCUCGGUGGCUACCUCAUGCAGUCCUCAAUAAAACAACGAUUGUCCACAAUAAAUCCCUGAUACAGUAUCAUCACCCGUGCAGAGCCGCUCCAAUGCAGCUUUUCAGGGCAGUACAUAGAGCAGACGUGGUUCAUGGGAAUGUCUACUGCGGGGGGGGGGGGCUGAAGCAGAAUGGAAUGUGACUAUAUCGUGUGCUCAGAGAACAAUGUCUCUAUUCUCCCAUAUGCAGAGUUGUGCACAUCUAUGGAACCAGCACCCUGAUCCAUACGUCCUUCCCUCAUAGUCAUCGUCACUAUCAUCCCCAUCUCUGGUACAAAACGUGGCACAUCUUGGUGAAUGUACAGCCCUAGCUACAGCUUACCUGUCAGCAUCUCAUUACCACCAGUUCCACCACAGGAGAGGAGAUGGGACUGAGCUGCAGACAGCCCCAAAUCCCCCACAGAUUCUCUGCGAUAACUGACCUGCAUUUCAUCCUGCAUCAACCCAUGGAUGUCUCCUAUCCAAAUGAAGGGUACAGAAAUCAAUAAUAAGGUCAAUUAUUUAGCAAUAAAGGUCAUAGCAGGCUUCCAGCUGAGUGAUAACGCUUUCAAAUCGCAAACCCAGGUCCAACAUGAAUCAGAAAGAGUUGUGGUGGUGUGGACUAGAUGGCGCUAUCGCUCAAGCGGUGAUGGUGAAUAUGAGAGUGCUCAAAAACAUAUUUAGCUGUGCCGUCUCCGGACGGAAAGUCAAGGGUGUUCAAUGUUCAAUCUGUGAUAGAGAGCUCAACCGU